AUGCCGGUGUGUACAUCUUGCCAUCAAACCAAACAGGAUGGAGCUUUUUUUCACAAAAAUAAAAAAUGGAAAACUUGUCAGCACUGUAUCGAGCAACGAGCUCUCAAGAAACAAAAUUUAAAAAGAAAACGUGAAGAAGAAGGAACUGCUAAUGUACGAGCCCCUCUUAAGGCUUUAGGUUUUAUGGAGUUAUCAUCUCACGUUGCUGCUGAAAUCAAGACAUUUCUUGCAAAUUCUACUUCUGAUCCUGGUGGAAAUCCUCCAUGUGCAGCUUUAAAUUUACGAAUUGCUUUAAACAUUUCUAAUGAAAUUACUGGUAACGAGAAACCUAAAGAUAUUGCACGUUUGAUAGUUGAAGAAGUAGAAAGAGCUGAUGAAUAUAAUUGGACUUAUAACUGUAUGAAUACUUCAAUGCGUCAUAAAGAUGUUGCCAAAUUUUAUUAUGUCUGUAGUCAGUCUAUUGUAUCAAUGAAAGAGCACAAAGAAGGAUCGAAUAGAAAACGAAUGGAACGCUUUCCUUGUCAAGGAAAAAUGCAAAUGAAAAUUGAUUUGCCUGCUGGCGAAGCAAUGUUAGAAAUCAGCCAUGCCUUACUUCAUGGCAAACCUGCGAUCAACUCAGAGAUCGGUGAAGAAUGUAGAAAAGAAAUCGAAGAAAAUGUUCUUUUGGAUCCUAUUCAACUUCGUCAAUUACUGAGAGUAAAAGGCUUGAUGAAAAAUUAUACAUCAAGACAGAUCCAUACCUACUGGGAGGGGGUUGCUUCGUUAAAAGUACCUAGUCUUGUUACUCGAUAUUCCGUCGUUUCACCUGAACAAUUUAGCCCACAAGGAUUCAGCCAAUCCUUAACCACUACUGAUAAUACUAAUAUUAUCAACGCUGCCGCCACAGGUACAAACAACACAAUCAAUUCUAAUCUCACAGUACCAAUUAUUCAUAAUAAUUAUAUUGUUCCAUCAAUCCCUACAUACCAACCUUUUGCUCAAUUAUCUUUAGUAAACAAUCCAACACUACCAUCUGAAACUUUAGAUAGUAAAGAAAAAACUGAUCAAGGGUUAAAUCGUGAACAACAUACUGAAUAUGUUAAUAAGCUAGAGAAAUUUACAAAAAGAGUCAGAAAUCAAUUAGAUCAAGGAAAUUACGUUUGGUUGGAUACUGUCAGAAUAAUGACAGCGGGUAUUAUUCAAAUGGAAAAUGAUAUAGAAGAAUUGGUGAGACAAAGAGACAACAACGAUAGAGUUAGAAAGCCGUGGACGUUACAUUAUAAAUGA